AUGAAGCUCCUAACGUUAGUAACAAUCUUCGCGGUCGCUGUUUCGACACAUGCAAGGACUGCGGUGAGGCAGCAGUCCGUGAGUGGACACAUUACUUCACUAAGUGAUAAGGAUGCACGUCAAAAGGCGAGUGUACAUCCAGCAUUCGCUAACGCCGGCACAAAAGCUGGUUUAGAAAUAUGGAGAAUAGAGGUGGAUCCUCUAAUUUCCUCAAUGAACAAAGGCGAUGUGUUUAUUCUGGAUGUGGACAGCAGUAUCCUGGUGUACGUGGGCAGUUCAGCGAAGAAUGUGGAGAAGCUGAAGGCUAUCUCCAUAGCGAAUCAGAUUAGGGACCAGGACCACAACGGACGAGGGAAAGUUGAGAUCAUUGGUGAGUGGAGAAUGAUUUAG